ACAUCCUUAGAACUGAGAAGGAGCCGUGAGGAUGGGGAGGCACUGGUGAUUCACUCUGACAGGGAUUGCUUAAGAACCAGCCCCGCGCAGCCAGUCUCCGGUGAGGACGCCGCGGCCGGCUACCAGCCGGGGCGCACGGAGCUCCUGGCUGCGGGCAGGUCGUGCGGCGCGCUAUGGACCCGGAGAGCCCGCCCGGCGCUGCUGCGAGCUGGGCGCAGCCUGUCAGCCGGGCCCGCUGUGUACCGAGACCUCCAGCGUCGGGACAGGGGCACCUGCACGGCGCCGUCUAGGACGGGCACCUCUCCCUGCACUGAAUCCAGAGCAACAGCAACUUCCCCGCGUGGAUCUUCUUCGCCAACUUCUCGGCGCCGGCGGGAGCCCGUGUGACAUUCCCCUGCACUGCAGCUCCCCACUCAGGCUGUGGCCCCUACGCUCCUUUGGAAGAGACACCAGUGCAGUUGCCUGCAUUUGAUACACUUUUUUUUUUUUUUAACAGAAGCCAAGACAGCUCUCCCCAGGCCUUCCUCAUUGGCAUCGGAUCACCAUUAACUAGCAGCCGUUGCUGUUGUCCGUAUCUAGGGUACAGUUGCCCCGUGACCGGUAGAAGCAGCCUGGCUCUGGGUUGAAAGUGAGGAAGUUGUACAGUCAAUGCUCUUUUGUAGACUGAUUCAACACACACUGCACAUUGCCCCUUGUAGCAAGCUGCAUCCCAGACAGAGGGAGCCUGCCCACUGAAAAAGGAUGGUUCUUAAAGGCUCCUGGGCGGAACAGGGUUAAUUCAUCACUGCAUUAAACACUUCUGGGGCUCAAGGAAGGGGAGAAUAGCUCAGAGCUGAUAAGACUGGAGAGGCUGGUGUUCCAAGGAUGGACAACAUGUGCGAGGUUCCCAUUGGGGAAUGUUCAGACCAACCCCCACUUGAAGAAAAAAUAGGGGAGCCCCCUGUAGCCCCCAAGACAAAGCCACCAUUCAGUAUCCUCUUCUCCACACUUCUCUUCUGUGGCGAGUGUGUGGCUGCUGGGUUCCUGUGUUCCUCCUACAGUCACUCUGAUGAUCACUUCUGGCUUGCGAUGACCAUUCUCUUCAUGCUGUAUCCAUCCAUCAUGGUCCAGCUGACCCUCAUUUUUGUCCACAGGGAUUUGACCAGUGACAAGCCACUGGUGUUACUGAUGCACAUUCUACAGUUGGGGCCUGUCAUCAGGUGCGUGGAGGCCCUGGUGGUUUACUGUUGCUCGGGGCGGCAGGAGGAGCCAUACGUUACCAUCACACGCAAGAAGAAGCUCAGGAAGGGCUCUGAGAUAGAGCUGGAGCAGGAGGUCGGCCACUCGAUCCGCAAGCUGGUCACACACCGCAAUGCCUUCAAGCGCAUGGCAGUGAUCCAGGCCUUCCUGGGCUCCACCCCGCAGCUCACGCUGCAGCUGUACAUCAGCAUCAUUGAGAUGUAUGUCCCCACUGCCAGAGCAGUCCUGAUGGGCAUCUGCCUGGUAUCGGUCACCUAUGGGGCGCUGGUCUGCAACAUCCUGGCCAUCCAGAUAAAAUACGACGACUACAAGGUCCAGCUGCGGCCGCUGGCAUUCAUCUGUAUUGUCCUGUGGCGCAGCCUGGAGAUCUCCACCCGUGUGGCCGUCCUGGUGCUCUUCUGCAGUGUCUUCAAGCACUGGAUCAUCCCCAUUAUGCUCGCCAACCUGCUGAUCCUCUUCUUCCUGCCAUGGGUGCAAUUCUGGCGUAGUGGCUCCCAGCUGCCUGACAAUGUUGAAAAGAACUUUAGCCGGGUGGGCACUGUGGUGGUGCUGUGCUCCGUCACCCUCCUGUACGCUGGCAUCAAUAUAUUCUGUUGGUCGGCCGUGCAGCUGAAGCUGGCUGACCGGGACCUGAUAGACAAGGCACAGAACUGGGGCCGGUUGGCCAUGUACUAUGCUGUGCGGUUGGCGGAGAACGCUGUCCUGCUUGUCCUCUGGUACCUCUUCAAGACAGACGUGUUUGACUACAUCUGCGCCCCACUGCUCGUGCUGCAGCUGUUGGUGGGCUACUGCCUGGCAAUCUUCUUCUUGCUCCUCUUCUUCCAGUACCUGCACCCAUGCCGCCAGCUCUUCCAGCACAAUGUCUCUGACUUCCUGCAGUGUGUCUGCUGCCAGCGGUGUGAACCAGUCAGGCCCACACAGCUCGAUACACCCUGCGAGUCUGGCGUGAGGCACAGCAUCGUCUGAUGCACGCAGCAGAGGGAGGGGGCAGGUCCAAAAGAUCCAACACGAGGCAGUUGCCGAUGUCAAUGACCGAUCGAAAGCACUUGCCUGGCUCUUGCCCGGUGUCUAGCUGUGACACGUGCCUGUUUACAGACUGAAUGGGGCACGGGGGGGAGCAGCCAGGCAGCAAAGCUGUGAUUUAUGAAGAGGAGAUCAGCCAGGCUGGGCCCAACGGGCCUCCUCACCAGUCACUAGCACAAAGCAGGUCUAAGCUGAACAGGCACCAAGACCAGAAUUCUCCUGUGCCACCCACACUGCAGCUCUCGGCACUCUGAUGUCAUGGUGGGAUCUGGUGCCUGUGGACCCACUGCAGGCUGUGAAUGGGAGAGGAGAAUCCAACCUCUCCACACUCUGCUCCUGAUGCACACUGAGGUGUCCAGCAGGAGGGGCAAGUUCAGUCUCCAUUAUGACACCCACAUUGCAUGAGUAAAGUGCACACUCAUCCCCACCCCCACCUACUAACCUGUCAGGAGAGCCCUGGUUUGGGAUAGGAGGGGAGUCCAGUCCCUGACUCUCUGCUUGUCCAGAGCUUCAUUCCCCACCAAUACACUGUGUCAAUUGCACACCACAACCUGGAGCGCAGGGGCCACCCUCUGCUGCCUUGAAAGGAGAUUUCUGUCUCCAAGUAAGUCCAUGCAUCCCUGGACACCCCUGCUGCCCUGUGCCUUUGCUUGG